AUAUCCACAUCCACAUCCACAUCCACAUUUAUAUCCACAUCCAUAAUCACAUCCGUAUCCAUAUCCGUACCCACAUCCAUAUCCACAUCCAUAUGUACAUCCACAUCCACAUCCAUAUCCACAUCCAUAUGUACAUCCACAUCCACAUCCAUAUCCACAUCCAUAUCCACAUCCAUACCCAUAUCCACAUCCACAUCCAUUUCUACAUCCAUACCCAUAUCCACAUCCACAUCCAUUUCUACAUCCAUACCCAUAUCCACAUCCACAUCCAUUUCUACAUCCAUACCCAUAUCCACAUCCAUAUCCACAUCCAUACCCAUAUCCACAUCCACAUUAUCCACAUUCAUAUCCACAUCCACAUCUACAUCAACAUCCAUAUCCACAUCCAUAUCCACAUCCACAUGGGCCUCCGGCCUAUUUCCCAUCAAGUCCUGUCUGACUCGUGGGCGCCUGACCUGCACUGGCUUCACGGUUCUGAGUGCAGCAGCUCUGCCCAGACCCGUGUCCCCAGGCUCUGUGGAUGACGAUUUCCCCAACUCCAUGAUGCUGAGCGAUGCCUUUGAAACAGGCUUUGCCAGCGAGCGACAGAGCAGCUUCCUCUGA